GUCACAUCUCCAUCCACGAUAGAAAUCGGUGCACGGCGGACUGCACGCUAUCACGAACCGAGGAAUUUUGCGGUGGAAUUUGGCAUUUUUCUUCGUUUGAACAUUAUCAACUUUAUUAGUUUUAUUGAUUGUUCCUCUUGAUGCUCUAAGAAUGUCUGACAACUGGGAUAAUGAUAAUCAGAAUGAAGGCGACGGAGAGGCCGUGGAGGACAUCGGCGGCGGAGCGAUCAGCGGCGGCGAACCCACUGGCGAAGUGAAGCUCUUCGGAAAGUGGUCCACAUCGGAUGUGGCCAUUUCGGAUAUAGCUCUUACGGAUUACAUCGCCGUCAGCGGCAAACAUGCCAAAUUUUUACCGCACUCAGCGGGGCGGUUCGCGGCGAAGCGAUUCCGCAAAGCGCAGUGUCCCAUCGUGGAGCGUUUGACUAACUCGCUGAUGAUGCACGGGCGGAACAACGGAAAGAAGCUGAUGGCGGUGCGCAUCGUUAAGCACACACUGGAGAUCAUUUAUCUGUUGUCUGGGGAGAACCCUCUGCAAGUUUUAGUGAAUGCUGUCAUCAAUGCCGGACCCCGAGAAGACAGUACGCGUAUCGGUCGUGCCGGUACAGUUCGUCGUCAGGCAGUGGAUGUAUCACCAUUGCGGCGAGUCAAUCAAGCGAUUUGGCUUCUAUGCACUGGCGCGCGAGAAUCAGCGUUCCGCAACAUCAAAACCAUUGCUGAAUGUUUGGCUGAUGAAUUGAUCAAUGCCGCUAAGGGAUCGUCUAAUUCAUACGCGAUCAAAAAAAAGGAUGAGCUGGAGCGAGUCGCAAAAUCGAACCGAUAAAAUAAAUUUGUUCUCUAAACGUUUCGGGUAUAAAUUUUGAGUGAAAGUGGGAAAAUAAAGAUCACAAAAAUU